GUCUGAGGGGAGACAGACAGAGAGAGAGACAGACAGGUUAUAAACAGAGAGACAGAGACACAGAGAAAGGCCUUCCCCGCCGCGGUGGACCGCCUGCCUGUCUGUCUGCCUGUCUGUGUGUGUGUGUGUCUGUCUGUGUGUCUGAGCAGUGAUGGCGGUCCACAUGUUCCUGCCUGACUGACUGUGUGUUGUUGUAGGUGGGUGUGUUCGCUGUGUGAGAGAGUGUGUGUGUGUGUGUGUGUGUCUGUGUGUGUCCGUGUGUGUGUCAGUAAGAGAUGGGUAACGCGGAGAGCAUGGAGAGCCAGCUGGCGGUGAUCAGAUCCAGAGCUGCUCCGGUCCGCCUGCCGAUGCCAGACCCGGCCGAGCUGGAGGAGAGGUUCUCCAUCGCUCUGAACUCGAUGAACUUGCCUCCCGACAAGGUGCGUCUGCUGCGUUCCUAUGACAACGAGAAGAAGUGGGAGCUGAUCUGCGAUCAGGAGAGGUUUCAGGUGAAGAAUCCUCCGCACACCUACAUCCAGAAACUGAGAGGCUUCCUCGACCCGGCCGUCACUCGCAAGAAAUUCAGAAGAAGAGUUCAGGAGUCGACUCAGAUGCUCAGAGAACUCGAGAUUUCUCUUCGUACAAACCACAUCGGGUGGGUCAGAGAGUUUCUAAACGAGGAGAAUCGAGGUCUGGACGUUCUGGUCGAGUAUUUGUCCUUUGCUCAGUACGCCGUCACGUUUGACGGCGAGCAGUCGGAGGCCAGCGGUGACGCCUCGUCCAUCGACUCUCCCUGGAGUCGGUCCAUCGAGGAUCUCCAUGGCGACUGCAGCCUCCCGUCGCCGUCGUCCUCGGUACCGCGCACCGCUCGUCACUCCAUCAGCUCGGCGAUCGUGACUCGCUCCAACACGCUGCCCAGUCGUCGGACUCUCAAGAACUCCCGACUCGUGUGUAAGAAAGACGACGUCCAUGUUUGCGUCAUGUGUCUGAGAGCCAUCAUGAACUACCAGUAUGGAUUCAACAUGGUGAUGUCACAUCCGCACGCUGUCAACGAGAUCGCCCUCAGCCUCAACAACAGAAACCCCAGGACGAAGGCUCUGGUGUUGGAGUUGUUGGCGGCCGUGUGUUUGGUCAGAGGAGGACACGAGAUCAUCCUGUCAGCCUUCGACCACUUCAAAACGGUGUGUUCAGAGUCGAUGCGUUUUGAGAAGUUGAUGGAACAUUUUAAGAAUGAAGACGACAACAUCGACUUCCUGGUGGCCUGCAUGCAGUUCAUCAACAUCGUGGUCCACUCGGUGGAGGACAUGAACUUCAGAGUCCACCUGCAGUACGACUUCACCAAACUCAACCUGGACGAACACCUGGAGAGGCUGAAGCACACGGAGAGCGACAGGCUGCAGGUCCAGAUCCAGGCGUACCUGGACAACGUGUUUGACGUUGGGACGCUGCUGGAGGACGCAGAGACCAAAACUGCUGCUCUGGAACGAGUCGAAGAACUGGAGGAGAACCUGGCAACGAUGUCGGAGCGUCUGCUGGACGUGGAGAAUGAAGCGAUGCUGAAGAUCGUUGAGCUGGAGAAACAGCUGAUGCAAACCAACAAGGAGCUGGACCACAUCCGGGAUGUGUAUGCGAGUACUAACUCCACGGUCCACACCCUGAGGAGGAUGGUUCGGGAGAAGGACCAGACCAUCCGGCGCCAGACCCGUCUGGAGCGCCAGGCCCAGGAAGCCCAGCAGGCCGGAGGACCUGGAGCCCCCCAACCACCCAGAGGGGAGGGGGAUGGGGGGGUGGGGGAGUCUGCCUCACCCUCCCCCCCUCCCUGCCCCAACCUGUCCCCCAGUCCAGAGACCGUAGCCUAUCACGGCAUGGGACCAGGGAUGGGCGGGGCUCCAGAGACCGUAGCCUAUCACAGCAUGGGACCAGGGAUGGGCGGGGCUCCAGGGAUGCCGCCGCCCCCCCCCCCUCCCCCUCCUCCGCCACCGAUGCCAGGCACAGAGUCAUUCCCUGGCCCUCCGCCCAUGGCUCCUCCCCCUCCUCCCCCCCCUCCUCCCCCUCCCUGUCGGACCAACGCCCACUCCUCCACCCUCCCCAUGCCCCCCCCUCCCCCUCCUGUAGCCCCACCCCUCCCAGGCUCGGGGGGGUCGCCCACCGUCAUCUUUAACUCCGGACUCGCAGGGCCCUCUCAAUUAUUCUCGGUGAAGAUAAAGAAGCCAAUCCAGACGAAGUUCCGGAUGCCGGUGUUGAACUGGGUCGCUCUGAAGCCGAGUCAGAUCAACGGGACCGUCUUUAACGACAUCGACGACGAGGCUAUCCUGCAGGAUCUGAACGUGGAGGAGUUUGAGGAGAUGUUUAAGACAAAGGCUCAGGGUCCUGCGGUGGACCUGACUCUGUCCCGACAGAAACUCCCUCAGAAAGCUCCAUCCAAAGUGUCUCUGCUGGACGCCAACCGGUCCAAAAACCUGGCCAUCACUCUGAGGAAGGCCGGCCAGGGGUCAGAGGUCAUCUGCCGCGCCAUCAACACCUUUGACUUGCGGUCGGUCCGGGUUGACUUCGUGGAGUGUCUGAUGCGUUUCCUGCCGACGGAGGCCGAGGUGAAGCUUCUACGGCAAUACGAGAGAGACAGAAAACCUGUGGAGGCUCUGAGCGACGAGGACCGCUUCAUGAUGCAGUUCAGCCGCAUCGAACGCCUCAACCAGCGCAUGACCAUCAUGACCUUCAUGGGAAACUUCUCCGACAACGUUCAGAUGCUAACCCCGCAACUCCACGCCAUCAUAGCUGCUUCAGUUUCUAUCAAAUCUUCUCAGAAGCUGAAGAAGAUCCUGGAGAUCAUCUUGGCUCUGGGGAACUACAUGAACAGCAGUAAGAGAGGAGCAGUGUACGGAUUCAAACUGCAGAGUUUAGACCUGCUGCUGGACACUAAGUCGACAGACCGAACGCAGACGCUGCUCCAUUACAUCUCCAACGUGGUGAGAGAGAAAUAUCCGGCCAAGGCUCUGUUCUACAACGAGCUGCACUAUGUCGACAAGGCGGCCGCAGUGAGUCUGGAGAAUGUGCUGUGUGAUGUGAAGGAGCUGCAGCGCGGCAUGGAGUUAACCUGGAGGGAGUUCAGCGUUCUUCACAACGCCACGCUCAAAGACUUCAUCAGCAGACACGAGUCACGACUCAGCAAACUGCAGGAAGACGCACGCAUCGCUCAGGACGCAUUUGAAGACGUGGUGAAAUUUUUUGGCGAGAGCUCCAAGACGAUGCCCCCGUCCGUCUUCUUCCCGAUCUUCGUCCGUUUCAUUAAAGCCUACAGGCUGGCGGAGGAGGAGAAUGAGCAGAGGAGGCGUCAGGAACAAAUGUUGUUGGAGAAACUGGAACAGGAGGACGAGGACCAGGAGGAGACCAAGUCUCCCUCCCAUAGGGGGGGGAAGCGACAGCAGCAGGAGUUGCUCUCAGAGCUCAGACGACGACAGGGAAAAGACAGCCGCCAUGUUUACGAAGGAAAAGACGGCGCCAUUGAGGACAUCAUCACAGCUCUGAAGACCGUCCCCUUCACCGCCCGAUCGGCAAAACGCAGCUCUCGCUUCUUCUGUGACCCCGCCCACUCCGAGGAGCAUUACUAAGAGAGACAUCGGAGACAGACAUUACGUCAGAAAGACAUUUCUUCUGAGAAAGACAGAGAUCAGACAGAGACAUCGGAGAGAGAGAGGGCCUGAAACCAACACCGACUACGGGCCAAUGGCGUGGGAAACUGACCUCUAGCUGCCCCAAUGUGUCGGCACAUAACCGCCAACAAGCACGCAACAAAAAGAGAAGAAGAGGAUUCAGAGAAACCUAAAAAGAAGACCUUUUAAUACCAAGAGGACAGUUGGAGACAUCACCGAGGUUUCCUGCACUUACAUGUACUGUUAACAAGUUCAAAUGCUCAUGCAUUUCCUGUAUUUCACCUUGAUGAGGAGUCAACAUUGGCUGGUGGCCCAAAUAUUCCCCUCAGCCCAGAUCAGGAGAGAGAGACACUUCAUCAGAGAGAGAGACAGUUUCUCUGUCAGCAUGUUUGACGAGUUUUCUUUAGCUGGCCACGCCCACUUCCAAUCGUCGGGAUCAAUUAGCACUUUGAACAUUUCUGAUGGAUAUGAUUAAUGUUUUCUUGUUAUUUUAUUGCUCAGUUUGUGCACAGAGAAGGUUCCCAGACACCACUGACCUCUGGGAAAUGUUCCAACCAAACCAACCUCCAGUCAAGAAUUAGGCAAUUUUAGGGUCUUUCACAUCUGCUUUGGUUAGUUUGGGUUGAAGCUGGAGACAGACGCCCGCAAAGCAGAGCCUAAAGGGCCGUCCAUACUGAGAACCAUAAUAGAUAACCAUGACUGUAACCGUGACUGUAACCGCGACUGUAAACGCGACUGUAACCAUGACUAUAACGGUGUCUACACUGCUAAACGAUAACGUUCUGUAAACAGCGACGAACCAGCCGGUAAUUAAACAUAACGUUAUACAGCAGGAGCUGCAGCAUAGAAUUAGAGAAAUGUCUGUAGUAAUAUCUUACAUAUAUGUGGAUUUAAACACACUUUAUGAACAUUAAAGGCUGUCGUGGGUUUGUGGGCCCCAGAAAACAGCGGAGCCCAGCACUGCAGAGAGAUGGAUUCUGAUUGGCUGUCAGUGUCUCUCUCCACCAGGUAAUAUUGUAAACUCAGAUGGAUUCUGAUUGGCUGUCAGUGUUUCUAUCGAUCACAUCUGAAAGUGAUCCAAUGAUAUCGUUCUCUGCUGUCGAUGAUAUAGUUGUGGAAUGGUCUCCACCGUCCAGCAGAGUCAGAACGUUGUUUUAAACUAUAUAUACAUAUACACACACACACACACACACACACACACACACACAC